AAUUAAAGACAGUGGAGCUACAUCUUUGUCGGAACGAUAAUAUUGAACGACUCUUCAACGUAAGAAAAACGGUGGCGAAAGGAAUCGGAACCACCAACAAAUUAUUCGACAAAGCAUUGCAAUAUUCUAAUUGCAAACAUAAUUGAGGAAAGCAGCAGUUCACAAAAUAUGAGUCCUUCAAACGGCGACUCCCCAUCCCGCCACCCCUUACGCCGCACCCAGGGUCUUGCGAGGAUACGGACAGUCCUGCUCCUCCGCAAGCGAAUCCGGACGAAAGCGACGACAAGACCGAUGGCGACAGUGGUCUGGCUUGCCACUACCACAACGCUGGUAAUCCUAGUCUGUUGCUGCCUCGAAAUAACGCUGGCGUUUGUAGUAGUGUCCCCGUCUGCCGCUUCCACAGCGAGGUCGACAACGACAAUAGCAACCACACCCGGGAUAGUUUGUUCUACAACCACGCCACCAUCCAUGUUGUUGAGCUCUUCGCGGCAUCUUUACCAAGACGGUACAAGAAAGAAGUGGCAGGCGUCUUUCACUUUGGAGGCUGUUGCUGGAGGAGGGAGUGGGGAACAUCAAAACAGCAACAAAGGAAAGAAUAAUCCAAAAGCAGAAAGGAACAACAAUAAUAAUGCCAACAAAAACAACAACAAUCGAUCCAACAGCAGAAAAAAGAACAGUAGCAAUAACAAGGAUAGUGGCAGUCCGAAGCAGAACAAAAAAGGCGGCAAAAAGAGCAACUUCAAGAGAACCAAAAAAGCAGCGGUAGUAGACUCUUCCAAACAAAAGAAACGAGAAAUCAUGGACCAGAUUAAAGCAAAGAUAAAGGAAGAGGGGGAGGAAAAGAAGAAAAAGCAGCAGCAKCAACAAAAUAGCAAGCAAAAACCGAAAUCAAAACAGCGACCCAAAAAUACGCAGCGACAAUCACAAAAAAAGAACCAGGGUCCUACCAAAAAGAUGACGCCAACCGCAAACAUAGAGCAAAAACUAAACGACGACGACUUUGAACCCAUCGACGACGCUUCGACGUCCUCUGCCACUGCAAACAAGGGAAAGAGACUCUUUAUGAAUCCCUUCGAGGCCGGAAAGUCUUUUCGAGAAACCCUCAGCAGCCUGUCAACGCUGGGCCGUGGUCUUCCCAAGGAAACCAAGCAGAAAUACUUUCUGGACGAUCGACUGCUGGACGGGGACGAAAACGUCUCGGACUUUCCGCUUUCCUCGACUCCAUCCUCGUCGUCGCCCAUCUUUGCCAAUCGGCUGCUCCGCGACUUUGCAGCGGCCGAGGCCCUCGAGCCAAGCACGUACGUUCCGGAGGUCCUGGUGGUUGGGGCGACGGGGGAAAUCGGGCGGCUGGUGGUGAGGCGCCUCCUGCUGGAGGGCCGGGGUCGUUUCCGUGUCCGGGUCCUGGUAAGGGACCUGUACUCGCAGACCCUCAACCUGCUGGGGACCGGUGUUUCCUACUGCCAGGGCGAUUUGUCCAACGUGGAAUCCCUGGAGUACGCACUGACGGACGUGGACAAGAUUGUCUGCGUGGCGGGGGCACCCAAGCCGGAUGAGUCGGACUUUCAGCGAAAGUUCCGUUGGUACCUGGAGGAGCAGGGAAUCGACUACGACGACGACAACGGUGGCGAUAGUGAUAGCGACGGCAACAAGGGCAGGGACGACCAGCAGAUGAACGACCGGGAAUGGGAACAACUGGCAAGCGUCCUCGAGGUUAGAUCCGAGCUGGCGGAACAGGUCGAUUGCAUCGGAAUGAAAAACCUUGUAUCGGCCUAUCAAAACGUCCGGCACACGGAUUAUGGGACCUCGCAGGCUGCCAAGCGGAGCCUCUUUAAGUUCUCGGAAAAAUCGGGCGACUUUGAUUUGUUUGCCCUGGACGACGGCGAAUCGACUCCCUCUGAUGGUGGCAAAGACGAAGGUUCGAACUAUUACCAACAAGACUACGACGACGAAGAAGAAGAAGAAAGAAACGACGACGACGACGACGACGACGACGACAAGUACGCCGACUACUAUGACGAAUACAAUGAAUACGACGAGGACUACUAUGACGAAAAUUAUGGCGUUGCGCUAGAAUCACGAAACGCUAAAGAUGCCAACGUUCUGAAAUCGGAGGUAAAGUGGCUACGCAACAAGUUCCACAACGGCGUCUUUGUUGGCAAAGUCCCCCGGGCGGACAUCUCGUCCGGCAAGGGGGGAGAGGCGGCGAUCAUCAGCAGCCGGCUCCGGGCCCGUGAGGACCCCGAUCGGGGCAUCGACAUGAGCAACUUUGCAGGCCUGAUCCUCCGGGUCGUCUCGGAUGGAAACAGGUACGAGGCUUUUGUGCGGACCGGUCUGUACGAGAGCGACGGCAUCGAGUACGUGUACGAGUUCGGCACCGACAGCAAGAUGCCCACGACGGAAAACAAAUCGAAGAGUCGAUUCAAGACGGUGCGGCUGGCCUUUGAAAACUUCAAACCCGUACAGCAGCGACGGAAAUCGAGCAGCAGUGAAGGCGAUAGUGAUGAGGAGGAAGAUGACUGGACCGUCCAGCCAUUCGUCGGAAACGAUGUCCAGUAUAUUGGAUUUCGGUUUCGUUCCUCCAGCAACAUGCAUGAAGAGGACGAAACAAGCAACCGAAUGAGGAAUAGCUUAGAUCGGCUGGGAGGCAAGAACAACAAUUCCCAGAGAUUUUCUAUGGCGCUCGCGUACAUCAAGGUGUACCGGUCACAGCCGGAACCAGAAUUCAUAUACCUCAGCGAUGCCCGCAUCCCGCCCGUCGUGUCCGACGGUAUGGUACACCAUGAUCGGAAAAUGCUUCUGACCAGUCACAAUGAGAUGUCCGACGAACGAAAUUCGAACGAGCCGCUAUCGUCCUCAAGCGAGAAGGACGCAACCAAAGCGUCAGUGAACACACUCUUUGACGAAAAGGACCUCCAGCGAAGAUCCAAGCUGGAGCGUUCCCCGGAAGAAACCUACUUCAAGUACCGAGGCGAAGAAAUACUCGUCAAAUCGGGCCUGUCCUACACCAUCGUACGGGUGGCGGGCUUCAACGAGCUUUCCACCUCGGAGGCUAGCACGAUCGAUCUCAUUGGUACCAGCGCACGCAGCGACAGCAAGGAAAACACCGAGAUUGUUCCAGUUUCCCGGGCCGAGGUGGCACAGGUUUGCGUGAGCGCGCUCCUGGAUCCGUCUGCCCUAAACAAGAUCGUCUACAUGACCAAGAAGAAGGUAGUCGGCAAAAACGUUCUCGACGAGGAAGACAUAUCGGCCAAGUUUGAGGGGAUUCCGAGUGACAUAGUUCUGUGAAUAAAUUGGGCUAGUGUUUUAUCUUACCGAAGGACAGUAACCAAGUACGUAAUCACUUCUACAAACUAACAUUUAUCGGUUAUUUUCGGGAUAACAAGACUAGGUAUUUUUAUGAUAGUAAUUGCUUUUCCAUAUUUAUACCUGACGCAAUUUCUCUAAAUAAUGGUGUGCAUUUCUC